GCUCUGUUUCUUAUUUCCUGUGUCUACCUCUGUCAUCUCAUCCAUCCACAGUCAUUGAAGCGGAUCAAGCGUUCAGAUCGACGUGGUGCUGAGUCAGUGACUGAGGAGAAGUUCACCAUUCUUUUUGAGUCUCAGUUCAGUGUUGGUGGCAAUGAGCUGGUAUUCCAGGUGAAGACAUUAUCUCUGCCUGUGGUGGUAAUUGUGCAUGGCAGCCAGGAUAAUAAUGCCACUGCCACAGUGCUAUGGGACAAUGCUUUUGCAGAGCCAGGACGUGUGCCCUUCGCUGUGCCAGACAAGGUGAUAUGGUCACAGUUGUGGGAAGCUCUCAACAUGAAGUUGAAGUCUGAAGUCCAGAGCAGUCGAGGACUCACAAAAGAGAAUGUUCUCUUUCUAGCCCAAAAGCUCUUCAAUAGCAGCAUCAACCAUCUGGAAGAUUAUAACAGUAUGGCUGUCUCCUGGGCUCAGUUCAACAGGGAAAAUCUUCCAGGGCGUAAUUAUACAUUCUGGCAGUGGUUUGAUGGGGUGAUGGAAGUCCUGAAGAAACACUUGAAGCCUCACUGGAAUGAUGGGGCUAUUCUAGGUUUUGUCAAUAAGCAGCAGGCACAUGAUUUGCUAAUCAACAAGCCAGAUGGAACCUUCCUCCUGAGGUUCAGUGACUCUGAAAUUGGAGGUAUCACAAUUGCCUGGAAGUUUGAUAAUACUGACAGAAUGUUCUGGAACUUAAUGCCCUUCACCACCCGUGAUUUCUGCAUCCGCUCCCUGGCAGACCGCCUUGGUGACCUCCCAUACCUCCUUUAUGUGUAUCCUGACAGACCCAAGGAAGAGGUUUUCUCCAAAUAUUACAUGCCAGUCCUUGCAAAGGCUGUGGAUGGAUAUGUAAAGCCACAGAUCAAGCAAGUUGUGCCAGAGUUUGCUGCACCAUCAGGAGAUUCUGCCAGUGGAAGGACUACCUACAUGAAACAAGCAUCAUCACCAGCUGUUUGCCCUGCUCCUCACUACAACAUGUACACACAGAAUCCUGACUUAGUGCUGGAUCCAGAAGGAGACUUCAACUUGGAUGAUUCAAUGGAUGUGACACAACACGUGGAGGAAUUGCUGAGGCGCCCCAUAGACAGCCAGUGGAUCUCCCAUGCUCAGUCUUGA